AUGGAUGAAGAGAAGAACGAGUCAGGCCUGUGUUUGGGCUGCCCUGGAGGGAGCCCCAGCCAGCCGCAGAAGCCUUUGUUGGGCCAACGCAAUGGCGACGAGGGCCCCAUGGAAGCCUUGUCCAGCGUCACCAGCCUUGCACAGCCGGUCCAGGGCCAGGAUGGGUCCUGGAAGGUAUCUGAUGGAAAGGACAUGCUGGGAAGCCCAUCCCCCAUCCCAGAAAGCCAGGAGGAAGCGGGAAGCGGGGACCAGAAGGCCAAGACCUCCCCAGAACAAGGUUUUUUUGCUGAAUGGACCACCAUCCCCUCCACCCUGGAGUUUGCCGCUGAGAUGAGCUCGCCUGCAGGCCAAGGCCUUGGUCACAAUCCAGCCGAGACAGACCUUCCGAUUGAUCCAUUUGGGGUUGCCGCUCUGCCAUCCCCCACAACGGGCAGCGCUGUCCAGACGUCCAAGGAGGCAGGGAUGGUUCCGGACCAAGACUCCGCCCCGAAGGAGGAGCCUUUGGAGUUGUGGGUGGAGUCUUCCAGCAGCUCGCCAUCGGGGGGAGGACAAGGCCACACUGACCUCACCUGGCUCGACGUGGGGAUUCCCCGGUUGGCGGUCACGCCUCCUGUCAAAGCUGCCCAGACCCCGAAGCCAUCGUCAGACCCCUUGGCCUCCGAAAUAAUUGACAUAGAUUACUAUGACCUGUUUGACGGAGAGAGGGUGGGUGGACCCUUGGAUUCCACGAAGCGGAAGCCAUCAGAGGACAAAGGGAUGUCCUGGGCCCUCCACGACCUCUACGAUGACUUCACCCCCUUCGACGAGUCGGAUUUCUAUCCCACGACCUCCUUCUAUACGGAUGGGGAUGAGGAGGACCUGGAUGAGCCGGAGGAGGAGGAGGAGGAGGAGGAAGAGGAAGAGGCAGGAGGCGGGUUGGCUAGGGACCUGGAGGGCGAGAACGACCACCGGAUCCCCGCUCCGGUGACGCCCAAAAUCAAGACCAUGGUUCAGGAAGUGGAGUCCACGAGCCGUCACUACAUUAUCCCUCCUCUGCAGACUUUCAUCGUCUCUGGCGGGAGCGGUGGGGUCACCCCCAGACCCCGUCCUGCAGAAGCUGGCAGGGACUUCGGCCUGUCUGGCAGCGAGAAUGGCACCGAAUGCCGCAGCGGCUACAUCCGACACAACAACUCCUGCAAAUCAGUGUGUGACACCUUCCCCAGCUACUGCCACAAUGGCGGGCAAUGCUACUUGGUAGAGAACCUGGGAGCCUUCUGCAGAUGCAACACCCAGGAUUACAUCUGGCACAAAGGGAUCCGCUGUGAGUCGAUCAUUACCGACUUCCAAGUGAUGUGCGUGGCCGUGGGCUCGGCUGCCCUGGUGGUCCUGCUGCUGUUCAUGAUGACCGUCUUCUUUGCCAAGAAACUCUACCUGCUCAAAACCGAAAACAGCAAACUGCGCAAGACCAACAAAUACCGAACUCCAUCCGAACUCCACAACGACAACUUCUCGCUCUCCACAAUUGCUGAGGGCUCCCACCCAAAUGUAAGGAAAUUUUGCGACACCCCGUCUAACCUCUCCCCUCAUGCUCGUGCAUUGGCUUACUAUGAUAACAUUAUCUGUCAGGAUGACCCCAACGCCCCUCACAAGCUCCAAGACCCCUUGAAGUCCUGCCUAAAGGAGGAGGAGCCCUUUAACAUCCAGACCUCCACGUCGCCCAAGUUCGAAAGUGGCAAAGGCGACCCGGACGACUCCGAGGUCAACUGCUUGCAGAACAACCUGACAUGAAGCCAUGAAGGAGAACAGAGGGAAGGAAAAGAAGUGAAAUUAUAUUUAAAAAAACCCAUAUGAAGAGCACGAGGGCCGCCUCCUGUUGUAAAAAUCUCAUUUCUUGUAAUUGUUUGCUCUCUUUUCUCUCUCUGCCGCCCCCCUGCCCCGACUUCAUAGCAUGCUUUGAUGUAUUCUGUACAGCGGGAAAUAAAAGAAUAAGAAUUCAGAAGGAGAUGAACUCCUGGAGUGUUCCCCAAUGAAUUGUGUGCGUUGGGUUGUUUGUUCCGUCGCUGUCUGUAUAUUGCCUGGGUUCACCUCCCUGCACCCCCCCGACCCCCCCCCAGUGGCAGCUGGUGACGACAGCUCCUUGAACGUUUAGACGAAAACCCGGAGCGGAUUCCACUGCCGCCUCUGACAUGGGGCCACCAGUCUGCGCUGCUCCCCCUGUCUCUCCCCGCCUCCUUUCCCCUCUCACUGCUGUGAUUUCUAAACCUUUGCUGUGACUCAACUGACUUUUUUUUGUAUAUCACC